AUGUGCAACUACUCAAAAUAUGUCGCUUGUGUUACAAGUUACCUCGUCAGAAACGUUUUUGCCAUAUCAAUUCAUACAAAACACGGAAUCGUUUUCCAUUAUUUCUCUCGUGUCUCCUUUUUACAUGUUCCUCAAAAGGUUUCUCUCUCGGGUUUGAAGCGUUUCUACAAACCACAAGAAGUUCCUUUUAAACCUUCAGAACCGUGGUGGCAAUCUAAACCGGAUAUGGUUAAUGAGAACCCGCUUCAAGCUCCUAGCACGAUCAAGACUGUACCGCCGCAGAAUCAAGAGCGAGAAUUAUCUGAUGGUUCAAUCACAAUGGCUGCUGCUCCAUCGCCAAGGCACUUGCCGAUUCCAAUGUUUUGCGUUAGAGAGAAGAUCAAGGAGUCUUUAAAGCUAACGGCUUGA